GUAUAAAUGUUUAGAUAACUCUUUUAGUGAUCUAAACACUCUUAUAUUUUUUUACGGAGGGAAUACUAGUUAAUGGGAACAUACAGAGAAGGACAAAUACCUGACCCACGAGAGCAUGGGCCGGCCCAUACGACACCACUCCUUCAUUCCUCAAAUCAUUUCUUGCUCUUCCGCAAACCGAAACCCUCGCCGUCACCCUCCGCCGCCGGCCAUGGCCGACCCGCAAUUUAUCCUCGGCACCUCCAUCUCCGAGAUGCUCACCGGCAUGGAGCUAGACGGCGAGGACCCUCAGAAGCUGGACCUCGGCACAAACUAUCUGCUUUACUUCGUGUACGACUACCUCCCGCACCCGCCGGUCUCCCCCACCGCCACCCUCUUGCCCUCCGGCUUGCCGUUGCUCCCCGACGGCGUCGACUGCAUCAGCCGCCUCCCCGAUGCAGUCCUCCGAGAAAUCGUCUCCCGCCUCCCCGCCAAGGACGCCGCGCGCACCGCCGCCCUCUCCUCGCGCUGGCGCCCCUCUCUCUUGUCGGCAGCCACCUGCUUCCGGACGGCGGCGCGGCCGGGCAGUUCCCAUCGGCGUUCCCUCUCCCCGUUCCGUCACCGCCGCGGUGUCCCGCGUCCUCGCGGCGCAUCCGGGGCCCUUCCGCUGCGUCCACCUCACCCGCAGCACCAUGGAGGAGCACCGGGGCGAGAUGUCGCGCUGGCUCGACAUCCUCGUCGCCAAGGGGGUCCAAGAACUCGUCUUUGCCACGAUCUUCGGCUGCGCCUCUAUCUCGGCGUGUGGAGGCUCCCGGACACCGCCGCCGUACCGCGCGGCGCCAGAUUCCCCAACCUCAAGGAGCUCGGCCUCUGCAUGAAUGUCAUGGAGGACCAUGAUGUGGCCUUCAUGCUUGAAAAAAGCCCCGUUCUGAAGUUCCUCGUCCUCAUGGGGAGCCAGACCGGAGUGCGCCUCCGCCUUGUCAGCCAUAGCCUGCGGUGCGUUCAGCUGGGAUUCACCAUGUUGGAGGACAUCGACGUGGUGGAUGCCCCUCGCCUGGAGAGGGCUCUUUCAGUGGCAAAUUGUCUCUCCGGGACAGGUCGCCAUGAACUGCUCUUCCAGGAUCAAAAUUGGCCGUGCACCUAACCUCCGUCACGGAGGCUCCGUGUGGUGGGAUACCUUAAGCCAGGAGAUCAAGAGCUGGGGAUUAGCAACACCGUCAUCGUGGCUGGGGCCAAGGAGAGCAUUGUCCCUAGUGUCCAGAUUUUGGCCAUAGAAGUGCAGUUCCCUCCGCAAUGCUGUCAAGAAAGUGCCUGGCUUUCUCAGAUGCUUCCCUAACCUGGAGACGCUCCAUGUCUAUUCCUGCCGCAUAUCUGAAGAGUCCACUGGCAAGGUCAAUCUAAAGUUCUGGCAGGACGCUGGUCCCAUGAAAUGCGUGGUGCAGAGCAUGAAGAAGGUGUUCUUCUACGAGUUCCAAGGGUCGAGAAGCGAGGUCGCUUUCCUCAAGUUCAUCGCGGAGAGAGGUCGGGUGCUGGAGCAGAUGGUUGUUGUGGUGGCCAAGCUGAAGCCUCUAACGAGCGCGAAUUGGAGCAGCAAAGCUUGCAAAGUAGAGUUCUCCAAGAGCCCGCACACUGAACCUGGAAGUCCUAUUUACAGCAACAAGAUAGCUUCUGAUUUUGGGUUUGCUGACCCUUUUGACCUCCUCGAGUACCACUAGAUGCAGAAAGGAUCUCUGUAAGUUAAUUAGUAGCACUAUGCCAGUGCCUCUGGUGCUGCAAGACUACUUGUUACUCAGCUAGACUUGGUGUUCUUGGACUUGGCAGCAUUUCUCUUGGCAAGCUGUGGCAUGCUUUCUGGAUGUGGUGUUACAUGAUGUGGUUGUUUGUGCCAAGACGUGGUACCAAUAAUUUCUUCAAGUUUGUUCCA